AUGACCGCCGCAUUAGGCGCAAAUUUCAAUCAGCCGGUCUUGUGGGAGGACCUGGCUGAUCUCGACAUUUUCCGAGUGAAUGACACUUUCUACUAUUCCGCAUCAACAAUGCAUUACUCUCCCGGUGCUCCUAUCCUACAGUCGUACGAUCUAGUCAACUGGGAAUUCGUCGGCCAUUCAGUGCCUACAUUGGACUGGGGCUCUAUCUAUAACCUCGAUGGGGGACAGGCCUACGUCAAAGGUAUCUGGGCUUCGACACUCAGAUAUCGUAAGAGCAAUGGCUUGUGGUACUGGAUUGGGUGCGUCCAAUUUAGCACUACAUACAUCUACACUGCGCCUUCGGUGACAGGCCCGUGGACUAAGAGUGGUGUUAUCAACACCUGUUACUAUGAUGCCGGCUUGCUCAUUGAUGAUGACGAUACAAUGUAUGUGGCGUACGGAGGCACUACCAUCUCCGUCGCCCAGCUCUCUUCCAACGGGCUCAGUCAGGUCAAGACGCAACAAGUGUUCAAAUCCACCAUCGGAGCCAUUGAGGGCUCGCGGUUCUAUAAAAUCAAUGGCGAAUACUACAUUUUCAACACGCUCCCCGCCAACGCCGAAUAUGUCCUCAAGGCAAGCAGCCCAUGGGGCCCAUAUACACAGAAACUACUCUUGAAGGACAUCGCAACUCCGAUUACCGGAGGUGGUGUGCCCCAUCAGGGCGGCAUUGUCGAUACCCCUGCAGGAAACUGGUAUUACAUGGCCUUUGUCGACAGCUACCCCGGAGGCAGAGUCCCGGUUCUCGCUCCGAUUACCUGGGGCUCCGAUGGGUUCCCGGCAAUAACUACAGUGAACGGGGGCUGGGGAACCCAGUACCCAUAUCCUGUGACUCCACGUCCCCUGUCCUCCCCUACAGGAAAAGACACAUUCCAGGGCACCACGCUGGGCCCUCAAUGGGAAUGGAACCAUAACCCAGACCCCAGCUACUACAGCGUAAACAACGGCCUGACCCUAAAGACCGCCACCGUGACUUCCAACCCCUACGCAGCCCGAAACACCCUCACGCACCGGAUCCUAGGCCCAGACUCCACCGCAACAAUCGAGCUGACAAUCAACAACAUGAAACAGGGAGACCGGAGCGGCCUCGCCAUGCUCCGCGACUCCUCCGCAUACGUCGCCGUCAUCAACAACAGCGGCGUCUUCCGCGUAAGCAUGGUCGCCGGACUCACAAUGGACGCCAACUGGAACACCCUCUCAACGGGCACCGAAGUGGCGGGCGUCAACCUCUCCGGUAACCCUUCCAAGAUCUGGCUGCGCGCAUACGCCAACAUCCAGCCCGGCAGCGGCAGGACAGCGUCAUUCUACUACAGCACCGAUGGCUCCAGCUUCCACUCGAUUGGAACACCGUACACGCUGAAUAAUACCUGGCAGUUCUUCAUGGGUUAUCGGUAUGGUAUCUUCAACUAUGCUACUGUGUCGCUUGGUGGAAGUGUGCUGGUUAGUUCUUUUGAGAUGGAGCGCGGCGCUCCGUCGUCUGGCGCGACCACUACAGCUUCGCAGCCAAGUACCACCACCACUCCUCCGGCUGCGGGGCCUACUCAAUCCAAAUGGGGUCAGUGUGGUGGUAGCGGCUGGACAGGGCCUACCGCUUGUGCGAGCGGAUCGACAUGCUCGUCAGCGAAUCCGUGGUAUUCGCAAUGUUUGUAG